AUGCUACGAACGUCACGGAUAAUAACGAAGAUCUUUUGCUGCAUUAAUAUCGGUCUGAUCAUUGUUUUUGUAUGGAAUUCCUUGGAACGUGUCGACAAUUUUAACAGGACUACAUUCCCUUGCUCAAAACCAAUUCCUUGUAGAUGGCCGCCUGUAGUUCUGGAUGACAUUCGCACUAAUACCAGCACAUAUAACUUCACUAUCUGCCUUAAACUCAAGGCAAAUACGUCGAGAAACAACUCACUGAUUACGUAUCCAAUUGAAAGUCUCUUCCGCAAUACUGGGACUGGCAAGAUGGUUUCCUUCAGGGAGAUUAGCGACUACUCUCGGCCCAUCUGGAGACUAGCAAUCUAUCCCAACGUCUGGCGAACCUACCCACAGGAUGUUCCCAUCCACGACAUUAUUAAGGCAGUCAAGUCUGGCUCUCCUGUUUCUGCUAUGCCUGAGUACAAUUUUCCCAUUAAUAUUCUCAACACCAGCAGAUCAGUCUGUGCAGGCCGAAUCAAACACGAUCUAGUGAUUAUUGUCAAGAGUGGAAUUUUUGGUUGGGAAAAACGGGACCUGUUUCGAGCAUUUAUUGAAGGCCAGAGGGAUCUCAAUCCAAACAUCAAAAUUGGGGUUGUGUUUAGCAUCGGACUGCCACGACAGCAUGGAGGACGUCUUUUCAAUCGUAAUGGUUACACUACCAUAUUGAGAGGGCCAGUCGGUGAUAUGAUGGAUGCAUACGCUGGUAGAGGCAACGAAGUGAUGCAGAAAAUUGCGGAAGAGAUAAGGAAAUAUGACGAUAUAAUUCUGGCAGACUAUGAGGACACUUACUACAAUCUCACAUGGAAAACAGUAACCAAUCUACGCUGGCUAUCGGCUUUCUGUGACAAACUACAAAAUGACAUGUUUAUGAUAAUUGACGAUGACCACCGUGUGAAUGUUUCAAUGCUAAUGCGUUUCCUGGCCACGGUUCCGCGACACAUAAAAAGGACAUCACUGUUGGGUCGCAUAGCAAGGAACGAUGGUGCAUUCCGAUCUCCACUGAGUAAGCUGUACCUUGCUUUCCAAGAGAUUCCCUGGGAUAUUAUGUGUCCGUAUCCCCGCGGAUUUUGCCAGCUAAUAGGAGCUGAUAUUGUCGACGAUAUGGCGAUCGGAUCAGCCUACACGCGAUACAAUUACAUUCAUGAAGAUGUGUAUCUUGGAUUACUAGCAUUUAAGCUCGGCAUUCCUCUUCACAACGUCUACACAAUGUUCGACCAUCGAGAGUACGAACGAAGGUGGCCACCCAACGCCUCAUUUAUGGUGGUAGAGAGCAGAUAUUGGGACACGCAUUGA